UUGCAAGUCUUAGCUGGUCUAAGAACGUGUAAUAUAAAAUAUUUUUUGCCGAUGAUGAAAACUAAACUAAAAUAUUUAAUAAGAUUCAAUAAUGGAAACUGUACGACCUUGCGGUUGUAAAGGAAUUCGUACAUGCCUAAUUUGCGAAGCAGAAUUUGACAUUUUAAAGCCAGAUUUAGCAAGUGACUUAAAGAAAUGUCAAAGUUACGUGUACUGUCCUCUGUGUGAAAAAUCAUGGCCAGGAUGGGAUAUGAAUUGGUAUAAACAACAUCCCAAUCAUCCUGGAACUCCUAUUGACUUUCCUGGUGUAUAUAUACAGUUAGAUUUUUUGAAACAUCAUGAAUUGCAACUACUAAUCAAAGACUUAGAUUCUUUACCAUGGGAUAUAUCUCAAAGUGGUAGGAGAAAACAAAAUUAUGGGCCGAAAACCAAUUUUAAGAAAAAAAAAUUACGCAUAGGAAAUUUUAAUGGUUUUCCUAGAAACACUAAAUUUGUCCAAGAAAAGUUGAAUGAAGUUAAAGAAUUGGAAAAGUUUCAAACAAUUGAACAGUGCAGUUUGGAAUAUGAUCCUAAGCGUGGUGCUUCAAUUGAUCCCCAUAUAGAUGACUGUUGGAUUUGGGGAGAGCGCAUUGUCACAGUUAAUGUUUUAGGUGACUCAGCUUUGACAAUGGUACCAUAUCGAGGUAACAGUGAGAAAUACAAUUUGAGCUAUGUUGAAAACUUCAAGGAUACAAAGUUACCAGAAAAAGACAUUGUGGUAAGAUUACCUAUGCCAGAAGGAUCUUUAAUGGUCCUAUAUGGAGCAGCAAGGUACAAAUGGGAACAUGCUGUUCUAAGAGAAGACGUAAGCAGUCGACGAGUUUGUUUAGCAUACCGGGAAUUUACUAAACCGUACCUGCCGGAUAGUAAAGGUAAUUGCAGUAAUGAAUCAUUGGAAAUUCUCGAAAAAGCGAAAAAAUUUUGGUAAUAUUUAAC